AUGAACAACAACGACAAUGAUAAUGAUGAUAAUGAUGAUAAUGAUAAUACAACAAGUACAACAUGUUCAGCUACUUUACUAUCACUACCAAAUAUAGUGUUGAGCAAGAUAUCAAGUAGUUUAGACAAUGAUAUCGAUCGGAUAUGGUUGUAUUACACAUGUAAAAGAUUGAAUAAUAAGCGUAUGCUGACACUUCAAUCAUUAAAGUACUGUGACCAAAAACAUCAACAAGCACAGUUCAAAUCGUUGGUGCAGUGUGCCACGCACAUCAAAGUGUCGCAACACUUGUACGCCAAACUACUCAAUCGACUCGGACAACUAGAAGCCAACAACGAAUCAAUCAAUCUAAAGUCGUUAAAGAUUACAGGCUAUUCGUAUGGCCAACUCGACAUCCCACCGUAUAUCGAACGUCUCAAGAUUAAUGAUGCCUAUAUGAAUGUAUAUGUUCACAAGGUAUUGCCAGUAUUGCCACCCAACUUGGUCGAAUUGAACUUUGGUCCAGUAAGGGGUGGUAGUCGUCUAUUCCUCGACCUCGAAAAGACACAGAUGCCACCAUCUCUACGUGUUUUGGGAUCGGCAAUAAAUAUGAGUGGUGGAGAAGGAGGAGGAGGAGUUCUUCCACACGGACUAGAGACGCUUCACUUUGGCUAUGCAUUUAAUGAAACAUUGCAAGUGGGUGUUCUCCCAUCCACUCUACGUGACUUACGUUUUUCAAUGUGCUAUUGUAAAAUAUUAGAAAAGGAUGUGAUUCCAUUUGGCGUUGAAACACUACAUAUUGGAGGACACGAUAAAUCUUCACCUCUCAUGUCAACCUCUAUUCCUCAUUCUGUCACCCAUCUCGAUCUAUCACUCUACGUGUACCAGCUGCGUAUGGGUAUCAUCCCUCCAUCAGUCAUUCACCUUGUCAUGCCAAAGUCUCUCAAAGGACCUCUUGACCUAAACGUCAUACCACAUUCACCAGCCUUGAAAACAGUCAUUUUCGCACUGACAUUCAACUCUCCCAUCAAACCAGGCACAUUCUGCGACACCAUAGAACGUAUCGAGUUUGGAGAUCUAUUCCAACAUCCACUAUCCACCUCUAACCUACCUAAAAAUCUACGUCUACUUGGUAUUGCAUCUAAAACCGAUAUUGAAACAAUCAUACCUCUUCCUCCAUCCGUUCACAUAAUACGAUUUCAAUCGGAUGUUUUACGCAAAUACUAUCCAAGUGAUCCAAGUCAUAAUGUAGUCAUAUCUAAUUUUAAGGGAACAACUAUUUACACCAAUCGAUAUACUUGGGCAUCAAAACAUAUACAAUUUUAUUUAAAUGAUUUACUUGUAACAUGGCUCACAGAUUGUAAAGAUGAUGAAGAUGACGAUCCUAAUAGAUUAUCAAAACUAGAUCCUGUCAUUGCAUUAUGGAAUGGUGCUACCAAUCUAGAAAUUUCUUCUUUUGGAAAAAGCAGACCAGACAUUGAAAAAUAA